UCCACAGCACACAAAUUCAGUAUAGAUCUACUGGAUAGAAUCGCUUUGAUCUACUCCACUUAGCAUUGCUCCAACUUCCACGAGCCGAGUAGAUGGCCACUCACCCCAAUUUCCAUACGACUCCAUUUGGUGGGUCCGUACAGAUGACCGAGUUUAAAUUCAGUAGCUUGUACUGGCGCCACAUUUAUUCGGGACCGAGCCCAAACCAAUCAAACAUCAUAGCUGCAGAUGCUACUACUGAGUGGGGCCAGACAUUAGCUAACAACUGGACUAUAUAUGAUGGGGUUGGCCUCAACGCCAAGCUAGUGGCCCGUGCACAAGGGCUGCAUCUCUACGCUGGUACUUGGCACAAUACCUUCACCAUUGUGUUCGAGAUUGAAGGGUUCAAGGAAAGUACACUUCAGGUAAUAGGAGCAUCUGUUGAGAAAGAAGGUGAGUGGUCUAUUGUUGGGGGGACUGGUGAAUUCGCGAUGGCACGUGGUGUUGUAAACAAAAAGCUGCACGGGAACAUAGAUGGUGGAGACAUAAUCGAGCUUACCAUCCACGGUUUCUGCCGGAAGCAGAUCGCUCUCACGAAGGUUGGCCCAUGGGGUGGCAAUGGGGGUUCGGUUGUUGAAUCAGAAAAACCCUGGAAGAUAGAGAGCAUCACCAUCCUGUAUCAAGGAGUAAUUGGUUCACUUGAAUAUUCUUACAUCAGCCAAAAUGGCAACAAGCACAUCGCAGGUCCUUGGGGUAGUAAGAAUCCCAACCGCGCCGAGAUUGUGCUCGGCCCUGGGGAGGUUGUGACAGCAGUGUCUGGAACAAUUACCAAACAUAAUAACCUCGAUGUCAUACAGACACUCAAGUUUGUCACCAACAAGAAAUCCUACGGACCUUAUGGAAAUACUGGUAAUGCAAAAGUCGGUACUCCUUUCAGCGCUGUCGCACCGAAUGGCAAAACAAUUGUCGGCUUCUUUGGGCGUACUGAUAUGAGAUACCUGAACGCAAUUGGUGUUUACAUGGACUAGCUAGCAGGUCAAGAGGUUUCGCUCGAGCUAUAUGUGGCUUAAUUUCAGUACUGCUCCUUCAAGAAAAUAAGAUGGUCAGAGAUAUUCGGCCUGUUUUCAUGAUUAUUGUUCCUUGUAUACACCUGCGGGUGCUUUGUUCAUUGAUUGAGGGUGAUAUGUAAAAAGCUAUUAUGUUUCUCUGAAUAAUAAGUUCCCUCAGGCAUCAAUAUUUUCUAAGUUUAA